UUUUAAACUGAAGUUAUACAAAAGUUUAUUAGUUUCGCACCGAAUCUAAAACUUUUGUCAGCAAAUUUAGCUACACAAAUUCCCUGGUUGAUAAUCAGCUGUUUCUGUAUUUCUUUGUGAAAUACCAAAUGAAGUCACUGGUUUGUUAAAAUUGUAAUUGUACUUCUAAAUUUAAACUCUGGGACGUCAAAAUUUCAGCCGAGCUCCGUACUAGAGUUGAAAUGCAGAACGUUAAAGUUGUUAGAAGGCAAUCCACAGCUGAAGAGGCCUCAAAACGAAAAGGACCAACUGCCAGAACUGAAGAAAAACCAAGUUCUGGAAUGGCGAAAAAAGAGACCAAGUUGCCCCUGAUGGGAUCUGUUAAACCUGAUAGAAAAUUGCAAAAGAAUGAAACCAACAAAGUGGAAGCGAAAUUAAUCUCAGAACUUAAAGUUGGUCUUACGAAGAAACGAGUAGGAGCAGAUAGAAGAAACAUGAUUCCCUUUGAUCAGUUUAAAAAGCAAACCGAUUUGAAAAACGAUCCUGAGAAGAAAAGUAAAAUUGAAGAAGAAAAGCUAACCAAAGCUUCCUUAAGAGCCAGAUUGAAAGCCCCAGAUUUCCACCCAAAUAAUAUAAUUCAUUAUAACGAAGAGUUUAAAAACAAUAAAAUUGGUGAUGAGGAAUGCCAUCUCAACCAUAUGAGACUAAACAAUUCAAAUAAAGAUGGGCUGGCGUCAGAUAUACUGCAGAAGCUCAGGGACAAAUUUGAAUAUGUGGACUCUAUGCCAAAAGGUCAAGCGUCCUUUGGGGAACUUCGAAGCAUACUGGCUAACGAAAAAAAAUCGGGUGAUGAGAAGGUAGAUGCUUUAAAACAAGCUCAUGAUGCAAUAAGCCGAUACAAGGCGGUGCUCCGACCCGAAGAAAAGACCGAGAUGAACUUAAUUGAAGACAAAACUUACGCCAGAGAAAAGCUUCGAUCCAGGAUUUUAAGGCAACUUUUUGAUGAAUGCCUAGACGACGUGGUGAAAGAAGUGAACACCAAUCAUAAAAUUGUCAAAAAGAAAGUUUUCCAACCUUGUAUUGAAGGUAUGAUCACAGAUAUCGAAGAUGCGUGUAAAGAGCUUGACACAUUCGAUAGCGAUAUGGAUCCAAAACUAUUACAGAAUCUCGAUAAAAUAUUGUUGAAAUGGAGAGAACCCCUGAACAGAGAAGCGAAAAAGCAAAUAUACAAACAAUCCUUUAAAGAGUUUUUCACUCAAAGGAAGCAAGAGCUACGGAGUAAUAUAACAAAAUAAAUGAGAUUUACUAUCUUCAAUUAUCCAAUAAAAGAAAUUAAUUUUA